CGGCGGCAGUGCUAACACAGCUCCGGCAGCGCGAGAAAGAAGAGAGCCACCCCUCUACCUGGAGAGGAAACCAGGGUCCAGGGGCAGUCAUGGCAGCGAAUAUGUACCGGGUUGGAGAUUAUGUUUAUUUUGAGAACUCAUCCAGUAACCCACUGCUGAUCAGAAGGAUAGAGGAGUUGAACAAGACAGCCAAUGGGAACGUUGAGGCCAAAGUGGUGUGUUUUUACCGGCGCAGAGACAUCUCCAGCACACUCAUCGCUCUGGCAGACAAACACGCAAAUUUCCGCUCGUUCAACCAAGACGGGGAGCUGGAGGAGGAGAUGGAGAAUCCAGAGAUGGCGGAUCUCCCUGAGAAACAGAAACACCAGCUCAGACACAGAGAGCUGUUCCUGUCCCGCCAGCUGGAGUCCUUACCCGCCACGCACAUCAGAGGAAAGUGCUGCGUGACGCUGCUCAACGAGACGGAAGCCCUGAAGUCGUAUCUGGACAGAGAGGAUGCCUUCUUCUACUCAUUGGUGUAUGACCCCCAGCAAAAGACCCUGCUGGCUGAUAAGGGGGAGAUCCGCGUCGGGAACAAAUAUCAGGCCGACAUCACCGACCUCCUGAAAGAAGGUGAGGAGGAUAACAGGGACCUGGAAAAACUUGAGGAGAAAAUCUGGGACCCCAACAGCUCACUUACAGAGAAACAGAUCGACCAGUUCCUGGUGGUUGCUCGGUCAGUGGGUACAUUUGCCAGAGCUUUGGACUGCAGCAGUUCUGUUCGGCAGCCAAGCCUCCACAUGAGUGCUGCUGCGGCCUCCAGAGACAUCACCUUGUUUCACGCUAUGGACACCCUCCAUGCCACAGGCUAUGACAUGACUCGAGCCAUCGCAGCGCUGGUGCCUCAGGGCGGGCCCGUUCUCUGCAGGGAUGAAAUGGAGGAGUGGAGUGCCUCAGAGGCCAACUUGUUUGAAGAGGCGCUUGAGAAAUAUGGCAAAGACUUCACUGAUAUCCAGCAGGACUUUCUGCCCUGGAAGUCGCUGACCAGCAUAAUUGAGUAUUACUAUAUGUGGAAGACCACAGAUAGAUAUGUACAACAGAAACGAUUAAAAGCAGCUGAGGCAGAGAGCAAGCUCAAACAGGUUUACAUCCCCAACUAUAACAAGCCAAACCCGAACCAGCUGAGUAACAAUGUAAAGCCAGCUCUUUUAAACGGAGCAGCGAGUGCAGGAGUCCCGGGCCCGCCAGGUUCAGGGCAGACCCCUGGCCUGGGCAGAGCUUGUGAAAGCUGUUACACCAGCAGCUCCUACCAGUGGUACUCAUGGGGCCCUCCCAACAUGCAGUGUCGGCUUUGUGCUUCCUGCUGGACUUACUGGAAGAAGUAUGGAGGGCUCAAGAUGCCCACAAGACUGGAUGGCGAGAGGCCUGGUCCAAACCGCAACAGCAUGAGUCCCCAUGGUUUACCCAUGCGGCAUGGCGGCAGCCCAAAGUUUGCCGUAAAGACCCGCCAGGCCUUCUAUCUGCAGACCACCACCCUGACACGGAUGGCACGUCGCCUCUGCCAGGACAUCAUCCGGCCUCGAUAUCUGGCCAGGCACCCCUACCUCCCUGUGAACACAACAGCCAUCAAAGCAGAGUGUGCGCUGCGGUUACCAGAAAAGCCAAAAAAGCCUCUGCCAUUGAAACCUGUGGAGCGUAAACCUCUCGAGUCUGUGGUUCGGUACUUGGAAGCACAUCCCCGUCCACCCAAACCCGAUCCCCCGACCCGAGUCGGAGGCUCCUUCUCUACAGGCAGCUUGACACCCAUUAAGUCCUCUCCCAUCCUCAACAACGGCUCCCCCACCAUCCUGGGCAAGCGCAACUAUGAGCAGCACAACGGACUGGAUGGUACCAAAUCUAAAGCCCUGACUCCUCAGUGGGAAAUUAUGGCCAAACGCUACAUGAACUGGACUGAUCUCUCUCUAGGGACGAUCUCUACUGCAAACCCCCCCGUGAGCAGAGGGAGAACUGAAAUGGAAAAGGCUUUUUCCACUAAACCAUAGCAGAGGGCAGCUCAGACCACAGCAUUGGCCACUUUUCUUCAGCACAGGUCUGUCGUGCUGCUGGAGACAAAUCAAUAACCGAUGGGUUUGGCUGGGUUCUAUCAGAGGAUGAGCCUGGAAGAGACUGUACAGGACUUUGUUAAUGACUUCAUUUCUUGUUAUUACUGUCUUUGUAAUUAUUGUUAUCAUAAUUCUCUCUUUUUUUUUUUUUCUUCUUUUUUUUUACCAACUAUAACUUCGCUUAUUGUUUGUCGAUCAAACGAUGGAACUUGUGAAGUUUCGUGAAAAAAUGUUUGCAAAGCCCUGUGGAAAAGGGUGGAAGGAAAGAAAUAUAAGCCACUUGCAUCUUCUGUGUUCUACUUCUUUAAAAAAAAAAGUUCAAGUCAGAAAAGGAGACGCACUUUUAUUUCAGCGACAUGUGUUGGACUUGUCUUUAGUUUAAUCGACUCUGAAUGCUUUAUGAGUUUGUUUAGUUUUUUUUUCUCUCUCUCUCUCUUUUUUUUGUUUUGUUUGUUUUUUCUUGUUGUGUGAGCCGGCCCUGUUCUUCGGCCAGAGAGGUUUAACUUAUUGAGAAAGACUUGGUGUUUUUCUACCUUUUUCACAAUUAAUGCAUCUAUGCUUGGAUAAUGUAAUUAAAAAAGAUAAUUGAUUUUUCCCUCUUCUUCUGGUGUCUGUGCACGGAGGCGAAAGGUGUCAAAUCUUGCACUGAAUGUCCCAUUUUCAAGUUGCUGUUGGCCUGUUUUUUUGUUUUUGUUUCGUUUGGGUUUUUUUUGUUUGUUUUUUUCUGACACAGGUAUACAAACAGGGUAUAUGCAAAUUAACGGAAACUUUUCAUUCCUAAUUGCUUUAUAUGUUACCAGUAUUAGAGCAGAUUAAAUGCACAAACAGUAUUUUGUUUUGUAAGCAAACAUCUGGAAAAAAAACAACUAAAAAGCAGAAAUACAUUCUGCUUUCAUGUCAAA